ACAGUAAUGUGAUCAGUCAUAUGUUUCAUUUUGGGUUCAGUUUAUUAGCUCAGGUUGGUCUGCUCAGCUGUGUUCACUUUAUGAUCGGUUGUCAUGGCUUGUGUCCAGACGGUCGACUGAUUCGGAUUCUGUGGAAUGGAAACAGAGUGGAAUUGACAAUUCCGUUUGUCACUAUGUGCGUUUAUUUGUUUAAUUAACAUAUUUUAUGGGGCCAGUACUUGGAGGCAAUCACAAUGCCCAUCACAAGGACAUAUUUCUAGAAAAGGGCUGUACAUGAUGGUGAUCAAAAUCCAUUUCUAACAGUUUAUUAACACUUACAACUGCAUUGUUUAUGAUUAACACCACUGAGCCAUCAGAAAUAAAUGAACAAAAAUAAAUAACAUUUAAAAUUACAUUAAUAGGCCUACUAUCAGAAUAAAAAAUAAUACUUGCAAGUGAAACGUUUCCAAACUUACAACUUUGAAUUAAUUUUAUCAAUGAAUCAUACAUGAUCUACAGAAGGUGAGAACAUUUGUCUAUUACUCCAUUAGUUACAUCUUAUAAAUAUAUUAUAAAGGGUGCCUUGGAAAGUACUGCUAUAAUAUAGAUACAACUCCCACAGCUGUUGAGCUGCUCUAUACUGUAGAGGGCGCUGCUUGUGAAAACUGAUCUAUUCUUGAACUAAACUCUGUCUAAUUCAGCCAUUACUGUAACUGUUGUGCGUUAUCCGUCAAGUAAAUUAAUAUCAAAAGGACACUUCCAUUUACUCCCUUCAAAACAAAGGUAUAAUUAACAAAACUACCUCCAGGCAGUUGUUUAACAUGAAAAUGCCUUUGUUUUGAAGAGAGAUUCCUUUUUACAUCCGGCAUUACUCAUGCCAACCUAACUACCGUCUUUCAGCAUCAUCCAAACAUUAGCCUGCCUAGUAGCUUUUCGCUAGCCAAACUCUCCACAAAAUAAAGCUCAUAGCCAACAUAAUCUAUGAGUCGUAAAAGAAACCACAAUUUCGCUGAAACAAGCCUGUCUCCUGAACUCCACGGCGCCUUCAUGGAGCCUCAUGGGUCAGCGAACCGAGUCGACGGCGAUUUCCUGGAGCUGGAGCCCGACGAGGAGCUGCUCUGCUCGGUCAGCGACAUCACCGAGCACCUUGGCAGAAACAUCACCGUAGUGCUGGAGACAGCUCUGUCUGAGAUCCGCAAAAUGGUCAGCAUUAGGAUACGAGUCCUGAAAAUGGAGCUACGCGAGAAAACCGAAGAGAUCGAAGUGUUGAAAGCGAGGCUGGAAACAGUCCAGAGGGAUGGUAGGGACGGAUUCCCCGGCAUUUCCACCGUGGAACCGUCUACAGAUCCUGGUCUCAAGAAAGCUGACUUCACCCCUGUCAACAAACACAAUAAUGUCGACCCCAGGAGAGCCAAAGCUGUUAUGCCUGGUGUCAAAAAGGAGAAUAUUGAUGCUAUUUGUGACUAUCUGAUGAAAGACAAGAACUCGAGGGGGUGUGCUGAAAUGGAUGGAGAUCAGAACAGCCAAGCCACCGUGGACAGGGAGGCUCGCCAAGAGACAGACACACACUCCCUUCACCUGUGGUCAGACAGCGGGAUGGCUGGCUCCGGGCCUGGGCACGGAGACUCCGAGUCCACCACAGAUGACAUCUUCAGUAUGCUCCCAUCUGGUAGCAAACGGAUGUAUGACUAUGAAUGGAUAGCACCAAUGGAAUAUUCUUCAGACCUGAAAGUAAUGAAGGAGCCUGAGUGUGAGAGCACCCUGACCGGUGAGACAGAGGAUGAUGAUGAUGAGGAUGAGCUGUCCAGGAGAGAGAGGGAGGGACUAGAGCAGGCCCAGGCCCCGCUCUCACAUGUCCAGCCCUCUGAGUUCUCCAUGGAGCCUCAGAGCUCUCCAGGGGAGGGGGGCAGUCCCCUGGAGGGCAACACAGACCGAUCCACAGCAGGCCAGCAGUUCCCAAGUCACACCUAUAUCUGCUCUCUGUGUGGAACCUUCUGCCCUGACUCUGUGUUCCUAGAGGAACACGUCAAACUGAUACAUUCAGACUCCACUGAUGCCCAGGCUCUCCAGACCCUGCACUCCACCUGCUCAGCUGCACCCGCCAUGGGAGAUAGCAGUAGUGACUCCAGGAGGGGUGGAGGGGCCCAGAAUGAGGGCAGUGCAGGGGUAGGGGCAGGUGCCUGUAUCAGCCGAGGAGGGGGGCCUGUGAAAAAGGAGAUUAAAAUUGAGGGGGGGUAUGAGUGUGGGGACUGUGGCCGCCAUUUUAACUAUCUUGGCAACUUGCGGCAGCAUCAGCGUAUCCACACUGGAGAGAAGCCUUUCAUGUGUCCAGAGUGCGGGGAGAGGUUCCGCCAUGCAGCCCGCUUAAAAAGCCACAGGCUGGUGCAUAGUGGAGCCCAGAGCCCCUUCCCCUGCCCCCAGUGCGGGAAAGGUUUCUCAGUGCUCUCUGGACUCAAGAGACACCAACGGGUACACACCGGUGAGAGCCCAUAUGCUUGUCCACAGUGCGGCCGCCGCUUUAAGGAGCUGGGCAACCUGUACACCCACCAGAGGAUCCACAGCGGGGCCACACCCUACUGUUGCCAGCAGUGUGGACGCAGCUUCCGUCAUCUGGGAACCUACAAAAGCCACCGUUGCACCCCGGCGCAAUAACCAGCCCUGCUUUCGAGGCUUAUGUUAACCAUAUGUCAGAGCCGGGUGCAGACGCUGAGGCGUGCGUCUUCAUCGUGUGGCUCUCAGUUGACACUGGUGAAGGUGCCGCUGCUCGCCUGGAGAACAGGGCUGCUAUGCCUGUGAUGCUGCCCCAAGCUUUGGUGUUUUGUCACAGUCAUGACAUUUCACUCCUGCAUGAGACAUAAAGACAAGCUGUAACAUUAAGAUUGACCUCAGACACAGCUGCUUGACCAAUCAGAGCUAAGUCAAAGUCCACAUCAUUGACACGACAUAGCUGCAGAAACAUCUACAGUUCCAUGACAAUAGAGCAAGUUCUCACUGAUAUGAGAGUGUGUGGGGAUUGUUAAAAGCUCUGUAACAAGCUAAUUACCGUGUUUUGUUAAAAAAAAAAAGCUUAUCAGAGGCCAUCAGGCAACAGUUAUGUGUUUUUGUAGAGGUGAUUGUGCUUUAAGGUCGGGGAAGUGGAUAAACCCCUGAAAGCCCAGAGGAUGCCCUUCCUUUGUUUGAGUGGAAGGCAUCGGUUCAUAAAAGGACCUAACCAGUGUUAUAGCAUAGUUUUAGUCCAUUUUCUAUAAUGUUUGUUUACUUUACAGGAUAAUUUCCGUUCAUUACAACUUCAGUUUGCAGUUGUGCCCAUCAUUUCUAUCUGUUGUAAUGAUAUUGUAGUCAGUUACAGUGGGGCAAGUAAACAACCCCCUCCCCAAUCAGUCAAACUUAUUUAAAGGAGAAAACAAAGGUGAAUAAUACAAUUUUUUUUUUUUUAUUCUACAAGUUCCAACUGUCUGUUGUAAACAUCCAUCACAGUUUCCAGAGUGAUGUUCUGCCGUACACAGUUUUCUGUGCAUUGUUGGAUUAUUAGUCCCAUUUGCAGUCAUUCAGGUUAAAUUUAACCUUCAAACGUAGUGGUUCAGAUAAAGUGUUGACUUAAGUUGUAAUUAACUGUGAUUAUCCUUUAAUCAUGUUCCGAAGCAUAUUUCACUAUACUAUGGAAAUGAGCCUGAGUAGACUUGAAGCUGGCUUGAGACAGGCAGCUGGUCAACACUAAUGUACUUUACCUUGUUACUGUGUAGUAACUCAGCUGAGGAGGCAGAUCAGAACUGUGCAAGACAAAAGGCAAAAUGGUUGGGAUUGUGAUAGCCGUGUCUGGUUACUUAUGUACAGUGUUUGGUGUCUGAGAGGCAGUGGUGGAAAGUAACUAAGUACACUUAUUCAAGUACUGUUUUUAAUUACCAUACAAUUUUAACAUGGUUGUACUUUACUGCAGUAUUUCCAGUUUAUGUUUUGUCGUACUUCUACUGCACUACAGUUUGGAGGACAAUAUUGGCAGCUUUAGACACUACUACUUUGCAAAUUCAGAUUAUUCAUGCAGAAUAUAUACAAAGUCAUUAUGAUGUGUUGUCAUGGAUUAUGCUAGCCAUCAGUAUAUAAAGGAGUUGAAUUGAGCUCCACCUUUAACAUUAGUGAUGGUUACACAUGAAUGUAUUAAUAAUUACAAGGUUUUAAACAUUAUUCUGAAAUAUGUCACUCUGCAUUAUGAGUACUUUUUCAAACUUUAAAUAUAUUUUGAUGCCAAUUAAUUAGUUUGUACUUUUAUUUUAGUAAAACUGAGAAUGCAAGAUUUUUACUUUACAGAAUAUUUUUCAAGUGUCGUAUUAUUGCUUUUAAUUAAGCUAAAAAUGUGAGUACUCAUACUCGCUCCACCACUGUUAGUCAGACUUCCAGGAUUGUAUUUUAUAUCUCAGCGGUAUCUGAAGAAAUGCCUGACCCAGGGCUGAUUUUGUUCUGAAUGCUGAUUUGGCCUGCAGCAUAAUCCACUUCUCCCAUAUCUCUGCAAUAAACUUGUUUCCUCCAAGAAAUGGGUAAAAUGCUCCAAUUUUCUAACAACAUGGAAAGGAACCAAGUUGACCACACCUACAGUUCUUUUGUGAGAGAAAUUCUAUCCGCCAUUAAAGCCUACGUUGGUGGAUGUUUGAUGCUACAAAAAAUAAAUAAAGAAAUAAUCAAUCAUUUAGUAUCACCUUAAUGGGAAACAAAAUGCGAUAUGGAUUAACACUACUUGGUCACAUGAUGUUUGUCAAAUGAUAUGUCACCGUAUGCCUCAGCAGAUGUGCUUUGCACUAAAGGCUCGGAGCUUCGGAGCUGCAGUUUGUUUUUCUAACUCAUCAUGGCACAGUAAUUUAGCUAAAAAAUAAGAGCGAACAUGAUGCUGACCGGAUUACCUCCCAUCGACUUGAGUUUUCAGUAUUUGAUGAAUGGUUGCCAAUAAAAUGGGAAAAACUUAAAACCUCAACUUAAAACACCCCUGAUUUCUUUAAUGAAGUGUGUGUGUGCAUAUGUGUGUGUGUGUGUUAACAAAGACACUACUGGUUCAGAAUUUAAGAACAUGUUACAUUGUUUUCAGCAGGACCCCCCCCCCCCCCACACACACACACACACACACAGAUAAUGAAGGAAGACUUUUGUUAAUCUGGGUACCGUGGACGUUAAGGUGAGAGUCGUUGUUGGAUUUAUUCAUUUCCCUCAGGAUGACCUGUCAUAACUUCACUCUGUGGUGACGGAUAGGUCUGUUAAUGGAGCACCAUCGCCUACAUGUGGACUAACUGUGUAACUACAACAAAAAACAUUGUUGGGACAUCCUGCUCACCUUUUUUGUUUUGUUUUUUAUCAUGACAUGGCUCGAUGCUGUGUGUAAAACAGAAAGGUAAUUAUCUACUUUUUUAAACAUUGUAAUCUACUGCUGCAAUCAACCGCCGUUGGUUAUUUUAUAAAUUUGCUUGUACGAUGAAUAAAAACUGUGGAUAGAAAAAUACUUGAAAGAAAAAAAAACACAUCCCAAGUGUGUCUGGUGUAUUUCCAUAAUUGAUCUGAUUCCCUGAAAGUCCAUUAAAAAACUGACCCAUUACUCAAGCUUGUCUGUAAAAUGAGUUUCUAGGUCUUAGCACUGUGUGAACUACGAAAAGCAAGAAAACAACUUGUGGAAGUGAAACACUCACCAUUGACAAACUGCUUUCUAAUAAACGGCUGUCUUAACGUCAAGGAGUGGGAGCUUUUUUGAAACAAAUAACAACGGUGGAAUUUAACGAACA